CGUCGCUCCGUGAGGUACCGGGACCCAGCUGAGGUUCAGGCCCGGGGCCCUGCUCUUCCCACUGCACAGCUCUGUCCUGCCGUGAGGAGGGGGGGACCCACCCCGCAUCCAGGUGCGAGGACCGGGGAAGGGCGGGUGCGUGCACUCAGAUCCCCUAGCAGUCAUGGGCCGUCUCUCUGUUCCUCGGCACCUCCUUCUCAGAUACAGAGUGGGGUGAUGGUAGUGGUGCUCUACCGGGUUAUUUGAGGAUUGAAUCCUAUGAUGCAUGGCUCGUGCCAUCCCCAGCGCCGGGCGUAGAGACUGCGUGUGCCCCGGGACCAGUUCGUCCUCUUGUAUUUCCUUUCUCUAGGCUUGGGUCGGGGUUGGGGGUGUCGAUAGUGGGGAGCAGUGGGGCAGGAAGGGGUCAGAGGAGGGCGGCACCCAAAGGGGUGGGGAGGAGACACCUGCCGGGGCCAUCUGAGAUCACAGGGUGCCCCCAGCGCUGAGCUGAGGUGAGAUACCAAGGAUUUGUGCUCCGCAGCCCCAGGAUAGGAGCCCGGGAGCCUGGGGAUCUGCAGUGUCUCAGCGGUGGCAGGGCCAGGGCCCCGAGAGCGUUGGGGUGAGUGGGUCGGCAGAAGAAGCGGCGCCCAGGACUGACCCCGUCUGUGCCGGGAGAGGGCUAGAGCCAGCUCACUGAGUCGCUGUCUCCACCCUCCUCCGUGAGCUCGCCAAAGACUCCGUCUGAUGGACAAGUCAUCCUGAUCACCGGCCCCUUCCUUGGGGCCUGUCCGCUGACUGUGUAGUGAUAGAAAGAAGGAGCCAAGGCUCUCUGCUCCCCCACCGUCCGGGCCACGUGAGGGCCCAGGAGCCGUGGAGAGAUGAGGUUCGGCUGCCUCUCCUUCCGGCAGCCUUAUGCAGGUUUUGUCCUAAAUGGGGUCAAGACCGUGGAGACGCGUUGGCGUCCUCUGCUGAGCAGCCACCGGAACUGUACCAUCGCCAUCCACAUUGCCCACAGGGACUGGGAAGACGCCGCGUGGAGGAAGCUGCUGGUGGAGAGGCUUGGGAUGACCCCUGCUCAGAUUCAGGCCUUGCUUCGGGAAGGGGAGAAGUACGGCCGUGGCGUGAUAGCGGGCAAGUGUCGAUAGGCCAGAGGCUGCUCAGACACCUCCAAGGGCUACCCCCCAGGAUCUAGCUCGGGAGUUUUGUGGCUUGUUUUCUUUUGGACUGCUUGGUGUGUGGGCCGUGGUUUCUUUAAGCAACACACCCGUCAAAGGGGCAGCAGGGGGCCCUCCCUGGGCUGGGGGAGGGGGAGUUGCCCAGGUCCCACCACCUCAGGUGAACCCUGCAUCCGCUCUGGGCCUCAGGGCCCAUUUUUGAUCAGAGAGGCAGGACAGGUUCCAAGUCUCCACGUGGCAUUUGCCUGUGGGUGUGUAUGUGUACACCCACGUGCGCGCGCACGAGUGUGUCUGUGUGUGCGU